UUAGUAGAUUGGCCAUCAGGUCCUGCAUCUCCGUUUUUACCAAAAGUAGACGUCUGAAAAUGGAUUCCUCCUUGAUUAAUCACAAUUCUGCGUAAGCUUCACUGACGGUCUCGAUGAACUUGGGCAAGCUCGUAUUAGGGUAGUGCCUCCCAGAGAUAGACCGAUUCUGUCUCAGGAAACAGUAAACCGCGUUGUACGAACUAUGGAAGGCACGUUUAAUGCUUCCAUUCCAUUAAAAGGCGUACUACUGUCAACGUCUCUCCUUGUAGUUCAGUAUUCACACGUACAGCACCAGGUAAGUUCAGUGGCCCUGAUACGGUUGUUUAAUGUCCGCCGCGGAGCUAAUUAAAUAUCGAUGGUUCUCGCCACAGGAAAGUCAAAACAAGAUGUGCAAACGAAUACAGCUCGUCUACACCUGCGGGUGUAGAAAAGAAGGGGAUCAGAUACAGUGUGAUGAUCGGCGGGGGACGAAUACCAGAUGCGAAGACAAAAAAAUUGCAACCGAAAAUAGGGAUGUUGGCAAUUAUUGUUUUAAACAUCUUGUCAAGGACGGCACCCAGAUCACAUACGACCGUGGGGAAGGCAACGGCAAUAAUAAAGGUAAGCGGCCUGCAUCCGCGACCUCGGCGGCCCCCAAGGCCAAAAAGCCACGGGUGGAGGUGGAUGAGGAGGACGAAGAGGAUGAGUUGAACUUCUUGGCGUAA